UGCCUUCUCCUUCUUCCCUUAAAAUCACUUCCGCCAGAAGCACUUUUCUCAAAAGCGCUUUUCAACCUUUCAAGUCUAUUUUACAGUCCCCAUGCACCUAAUAACGUAAGAAACUGAAUCACUUCUCUUCAUUUUCGCUCUCUAGAACUCUCAACCCACCUCCCAAAACGCACCGUUUUCAUCACUUCGAGCUCCAAGAUUCAUCCAUGGCGAUUCGAUUUUGCUCUUUCCGGCUUCGAAAGCUGGUCAAAACGUUCAAAGUUUUCAUCUUUGUUGCUGUUUUUGUGUCCCAAGUCAACGGCUUGACUGCCAGAAAGUUAGAGGAAUCCUCCACCGGCGGUGAUCAAGGCGAUACGUGCACCACGUCAUGCGUAGAAAGCCCGCCACCACCGUCUCCUCCGCUGCCACUUCCACCACCUCUAGAACUGCCGCCGCCGCCGCCUAAGAAGCCUAAGAAGCCUAAGACGCCUCCAACGCAGUACUGCCCACCGCCACCUUCCUUCAUUUACAUCACCGGUCCGCCGGGGAAUCUCUACCCCAUUGACAGUGGUUUCAACGGCGGCGAAAAAGCAUCUGCUGCAAGUUUGCUAAUUUUCAUCAGCUCUGGAUUGCUUCUUCUCUUGGCCUUCUGGUGAGCCUCAAAAUUGGUAAAUACGAUCAAAGCUUAGAAGAAGAAGACAACUUUCAUAGAAAGUAUAGCUUGAUAAUUCAUCUAUUCUCUUAUUUUAUGCUUUGAAUAAAAUUCUUCUCUUUAAUUUUGGAUUUUGGACUCAAUUGUUCAAUCAAAUAACAAUCUAUUACUGAAUAGUAGAUCCUUUUUUUAUUUUUA